UCACUUUCUUGCAUCGUGGUUGAAGGAUGACGGUUUAUAUAUCGCAACAAAUUAGUGGUCUAUUUCGUAAAUAAAAAAUUUCACUAUAAUAUUGUAUACAUUUAGAAAAUGUUCAAAACAUAAUUGCCUUUAUUCCAUGCUAAUCCGAGAAAGAAACAACAUGAUAGAAAACCUUUCACAAAAGCGCAUGGUGUUCGGAAUCAGCUGUCUGAUAUUAUUAACUAUCGUGGUUUUAAUAAUUGAGUCCAAAUGGAUGAAGGCAGGAACACGUCGUCAAGAGUUUGUAAUUGAAAAUAAUUCUACCUGUUGGGUACGCGAGUCGUAUGAGGUGAUAAAAGACUGUCAUCCGUGUACGGCGUUCGAAAUCGCCAGCAAAUCCCAGGGAGUUUGUGUUCACACUCAUAACAAGGAAGUGCUCAAAUGCCUCAGCGGUGAAAUAGUUACACGAAGCUGUGAUCGGGUAGCUUGGCUAGACGAGAAACGCUACUGGUCAUUCCAAAUAACACUCACGGUACUAGGCUGCUUGUCAACGGCAGUUUCAUUUCUACGACAAAAAUCAUUGAACCGAAGAGCUAUGCUAAAAAUCCAAAACCAGCUUGGAAGUUGUUAA